AUGGCUCAAGUUGCCUACAAUUUGGCACGCAAUCCUCUUUUGCUCGCGAUAGGAGCUCAAUUCGUCGCGCAGAUCGAUACGUCCCGCAUAAUUCGUCCCGACUACGCCGCUGCCCAUUACACACGCCUCGCGACCGUUGCGCAAAAACGUUGGCGAACAGACUUCGCACCAGAACAGUACCAUGAGGUGGGCCUCGCUGUGACGGCAUGGGGUCCCGAGCAGAAGUACGUGUCAGAGUCCCUGGCGAACGUCAAUGCUAUUGGUUCGGAUAAGACUGAGGUGCUGCGGUCACCAGAGGACAUCAGGCGAGUAUGUGGGCUAGAAGGGAAAGACGAAUGGGGCAGUGGCAGCACCGGAUAUGUCAACUGGAGCUCCGGUUGGGCAAACGCUGAAGGCGCAAUGAUGUGGCUCCGGGAAUUGGUCGAGAAACUGGGCAGGGUGAAGUUUGUGGAGGCGAGCGUGAAGAAGCUCCUGAUCGACCACAAGACCAGUACCGUAUCUGGCGUCCGAUUGAGCGACUCUACCGAACUGAAAGCAGACCUCACCAUCCUCGCGGCAGGCGCCUGGUCGGCCUCCCUCAUCGAUCUGCGCGGCAUCUGCAAAGCGACCGGCCAAGUCCUAUGCUACAUGCCCAUCUCCCCCUCCGAAGAAGCCGCACUCUCCAAGCGCCCCACGGUCCUCAACCUCUCCCACGGCCUCUUCAUGAUCCCGCCAUCCAACGGUCUGCUCAAAGUAGCUCGUCACGGCCAUGGCUACAUCAACCCUACAACCAUCCCCCAUCCCGAAUCCGAAGACCCCAACGAGACAAUCACGAUCUCCCUACCGUACACACACGUCGACGACCCAUCGCAACAAGUCCCGUACGAAGGCCAAAAACAAUGCCGCGACUUCCUCACCUCGAUCCAUCCCUCGCUUGCAACGCCGUCGCGUCCGUUCACAAAGUCGAAGAUAUGCUGGUACACGGAUACACGGAAUGGCGAUUUCUUGAUAUCCUACCAUCCGAAAUAUGAGGGACUGUUUGUGGCUACGGGCGGCUCGGGUCAUGGGUUCAAGUUUUUGCCGGUCAUUGGAGAUAGUAUUUUGGAAUGCAUUGAGGGACGAACGCCGGAGGAUUUCAAGGGGAAGUGGGAGUGGCCCGAGCAGAGGGUGCCCGAGGAGGAAUGGAAGGGGGAUGGGAGUCGGGGUGGACCGGUUGGGAUGGUUUUGAAGGAAGAGAUGGAGAAGAGUAGAGGAAAGUUGUAA